AUGUGCUGUGAUAAACUUACUUGCUUGGAUUGCUACCGCUCUAAAGUUGAAUCAAUCAAACUGCCUCCAAAUUAUGAUUCGAUAUUUGGCUCCGAGAACGUUUAUCGAUAUCCGUGCUGUGAAAACGAGGUGCCUAACCAUAUUCUUCAUGAGUCACAAAGAGUCACAAAUUGUGACUAUGUCGGAGAAAAGGACAUCAAAUGGUUCUUCCGAUAUCGGUUUCUCGCCGGGAUUAUGGAGACUCUUAAGCCCGUCUUCCCUCUGGAAACGCAACCGUAUAUAGAGUCGUUAGUGUACCAAUGCGUGGAUUGCAAGGUUGUCGUGGAUUAUGUGGACAGGCAGAACCAUUGGGAAAAAGAAUGCAAUCGAAAAUUCAGAAUAAAUCCCUUCCAAAAGGACGAAAAAUGCAUUUUCUGCAGCAAAUGGUCUGAUUUCAUGGAGGAAGAAUACAAAACCAUGUGCUGUGACAAACUUACUUGCUUGGAUUGCUACCGUUUCCAAGUUGAAUCAAUCCAAGUUCCACAUACUAAUGAGGGUCCAUUUAAACAAGAGAACGUCUAUCGAUAUCCGUGCUGCGAAAAAAUUGUGCCCAACGAAACUCUUAUCGAAUAUCUUCGGAGCGAUGAUAAAUGGAAAUUUGAAUUAAAGCGGAAUUAUCUCGGUGGAAUUAUGGACAUUCUCAAGCCAAUCUAUCCCAUUGAAAGGCAACUUUAUAAGCAGUCGUUUAUGUACCAUUGCUUGGGAGAUGAUUGCAAGGCAAUUGUGAACUACAUGGACAGGCAGAACCACUGGGAAGAAGAAUGCAAUCGAAAAUUCAGCUGCCCCGGAUGUUCAGAUGUUGUAAGAAGGUCUGACAAACAUAUUUGCGCCGAACUCCUCAAAAUACAGAUGCAAGAAAAGAAACAUGCCUUGGAAGAGCAGAUCAAAGACUACAAGAAACUUGUUCAUAAGGAAAAUUACAAUCGAGGACUACGAAACUUCUUUCAACGAUUACACUACUGA